UUGACUAUGGAUAGAGAAUGUUUACCUUCUGCUACUCUUUCCGAAAUCGAAACUACACAGAUUUUGUGAAAGCAUAAUAAUGCUCUUUAUGCUCUGACAAAAUACAGUUUCAAAUUUUGUUUAUAUUUAUUGUUGGCUUUUUGUCAUCUCAAAAUUCUAAAAAAUGUUGCGUAAAUAUCUAAAAAAUCAUGUCUUUAAGAAUCAUAUUGCUAACUUAUAUCUAUUCCUUACUUAAGAAAGAUGAACAUAUGUUUCCGAAAGAACAUUGGAUAUUAAUACAAAGAUAAUAAAUGAUGUCAUCUUACAAAGAGCAUCUAGAUUUGAAGGGGUUGGAUGAUGAAGAUGAUCUAAGUGAUGAUGAAGUUUUUACUCAAGGUGGAAAAUCUAUUCCACUGGAAGAAAAUGGUGUAAAUAAACCUCUCAUGGCUCCACGCUUACGUAAUAAAGAUACUUUGCAUACAAAAGUUAGAAAAGUUCCAUCUCUCAGGGUUAUAUGGGCUCCGAUCUUUUAUUUCUUAGUAACGCUAUCAUCCAUAAUUAGUCUUAUUGGCUUAGUAGUUUUUCUCAUCAAUAUCUUCAUGAAAAAUAUCUCAUCCCACGAUCACAACAAUCCUCUUAAAGGUACAAAAUUGUUACCCUGUGCAGAAGUUACUACUCAAGAUGUUUGGGUUAAAACAUUCCCAAUGCUUACUACUGAAACUUCAAUUAGGUUAAAUGAUGUAAAUUCUGAUGGUAUUGAAGACAUUAUUCUAGGAUUUGGAACAGGUGCAGAUGCUUUUUACUAUCCUAAGGUUGUCUGUCAUGUCUACUUUCCCAAAUCUAAGGAUGAAUGUGGAGGUGGACUACUAGCGCUAGAUGGAAAAACAGGAAAUGAAAUUUGGCGUCAUUAUUCUGCUCAUGAAAUAUUUGCUGUAAACUGCAAUGCUGAUUUAAAUGGUGAUGGCAUUAAAGAUUGCUUAGGUGGUGGACGUAUGGCGGGAUUCAAUGCUAUUAAUGGUAAGGAUGGAACUUUGUUAUGGGAAUUUGAUGAUCAGAAUGCAAAAAUUGAUGCUUCAAAUGUUUAUACACCUCAAUAUAUAACUGAUGUUGAUUUUGAUGGGGUGCCUGAUCUUGUUGUUAUCCAUGGUGGAGAUCCUUUAAAAGAGCCAGGAAGUGAAACUCGACUUGUGGGCCGUGUUUUAGUGGUUAGUGGAAAAACAGGCCGUGUUUUAAAAUGGGUUCAAGUUCCUGAUGAACGAGAGAGUUAUUAUUCGCCUCAAGUUAUGAUUCAUCCUGAUGGUUCAAAGUUACUUUUGUUUGGAACUGGUGGUGAAACACAUGGAGGUUCAUUGUGGGUUAUGAAAUUAAAUCACCUACUUACUGGCGAAAUAAACAUGGCUGAAAAUAUUUACACUGACAAUUUCAAAGGCAUUAUGACUCCACCUGUGCUUGUUGAUAUUACUGGGGAUGGAAUUCGAGACAUUGUGAUGGCUAUGUUCAAUUCUUCUGUUAUAGCUUUUGAUGGACUGAGUUUUACAAAGCUUUGGGAAUAUCACCAACCUUCCUCUGAGAGCUACAGCACACCUGGUGUUGGAUACUUCAAUAAUGAUACUAUUCCAGAUUUCAUAAUUAAUUACCAGACUGGUCCAGGAUUCCCCAUUUAUUACUACACUCAGACUACAAUACUGGAUGGGCGUAAUGGAAAGCCACUUCUUUCCAAACCAAUUCAAAUGGUUGUUGGUACACAGACUUCUCCACUUGUUGUAAGUGUGAGUGGUAAAGGAAAUGAUAUAUUUCUCUAUUGGGUAUCUGAUUGCCAUGGAGUUCAGAAUAAAUCGGAUUUAGAGUUUGAUUUUCUUAAAGGAACAAGUGUUCAUGACCAAUCAAGAGCUGACUUCUGUAAAUUACGCUUCAAAGAAAAACUUUACACAAGAAUGUAUGCCUUAUCUAGUCAUAUGUCAGUUCCUGGAACUGUUGUAUAUGAUUCAGAUUCUAGAAAAAGUACAGAAUACAGUAAUCCUAUUAAUUAUACAGCUUUAGGAUUAGAAUUUUUGUACCGACAUCCAGGUUAUCAAGAAGAUUAUCAGCUGUAUUUAGAGAAUGAAAAUCCAGAUUAUGAAAACAGAAUUCUGCAACAAGAUUUUAAUGAUCUUACAAAUCGAUAUGAUGAUGUUCAAUUAGAGAAGCUACUUAGUAGUGAAAGAGCAUUAGAGAGAAAGUAUUCAGAUCCGAAUGAAUACAGUAUACCUGAAUACCAAAAUGAUGGUCGUUUAUAUCCUCAGUACUAUAUGCAGCAGCCUAAUGCAGGAAAUGAGCGUUACUAUCCUUUAGACUAUAGACAAGUACCUGAGCGAUAUGCAGUCGUCAAAAAGCCAAGGCCCAGAAAAAUAAAUGCUGCUUGGCCAGUACAAUAUCUGCCUGUGUCGCAAGACAUGUCAGGCCUUGUGCCACGAUCUGGCUAUAGCAACAGAGGGAAGCGCACAAGAGUGAAACGCAUUAAAAGACAUUUUUCUAAGCCUGUGAAAAAAGUUACUUUUGCUCGUGAGCGGCGACAUGUAGGUCCUCAUGAUGGUGGUGGAAUUCAAAGAGUGAUAUCAACAGGAACUUUGGCUCCCAGCAUAUCAAAAGGCAGCACUGGAAUAGAUCUUAUUUAUGCAACCUUUUGGUUUUAUCCAUCUGAGACACAAGGCUUGCUGCCUGAAGACAAGGAGUGUAUACAAUCUCGAAUGAAAAUGGAGAAAGAAAGAUUUGAUCCCACUAAUGCAUAUUAUGGAAUGGAUCAUGAUGCCUAUGAAGAAAUGGUUACAGAAGAAUGCUUGAAAAAAAGUGGCCACCUUAAAAAUGAAAGAAAUUCUAAAAAAGGAUACAAUCCAUUUAAUCGCCAAAUGGGACAAAUGACCGUGUACCGUACACACAUCAACUGUGCAUGUACAGUUGUUGAUAAAGCUUCAAAACAUAAAUGUGCAAAAAUUUUACCCUUUGAGGAGCAAAUGUGGACGUCAUACAUGGGAUUGUAUGGGAACUGUGUUGCAAAACAAAGACACAUUUUCUAAUCUGCAAGACAUUGAAAGAUGUCUUGCUCAUCACCAUGUACAUUGUAUUAUAUGAAAUGCAUUGUAAUAUACCAACGGAUUAUGGAAUGUAAAAUGUGAAAAAAAUUUUCUCUCCAUAAUAAAAGCUUUUUUUUAAUAA